AUGGGUGCCUAGAGCUUAAUAGAAAACCUCAAGGCAUAUCUUACUUGCUCCAUCUGUCUCUACUUCACUGACCUAGUGAUCGGCAAAUGUGGUCACAGCUUUUGUACACAAUGUCUUUUCCAGGGCAAAAAGGAAGCUGAUGCCACAUUCACCUGCCCAGAGUGCAGAGAAAUCAUAAAAUACAGCAAUUUGAUGCCUAACGAGAGCCUGCAGUAUCUGUCCAUCACUGGCAAAAUGCUCGGGCCUCAUUUACUGAACAACAUGGUAGAAUUGACUACCUGUGAUAAACAUGGGAAAAAAGAGAAGCUCUUCUGUGAGGAAGACCAGAGACUCCUCUGUGAGUUUUGUUCAUUAGCCCCAGAGCACAGGGAUCAUCAUGUACUUCCCAUGGACAAGGCUGCUAAAAAGUACAAGAAAGAUAAAUAUUCUAUUAAAUACUCCAUUAUGUCAGAAUAUGAAAAAAUACACCAGGCCUUACAGGAUGAAGAAUCUCUAUUCAUGCAAAGAUUGGACCAGGAAUUCAGAGACAACCUGGUAGAAGUUGAGGAGAAGAAGACCAAACUGUCGCAACAAAUCCAGAAUUUGAGACUAAGGGUAAUGAAAAUAGAGGAGAUUUUGGACAAGGCUCCCUUGGAAAUGCUCCAGGAUAUGAAAGACGCCUUGGAAAGAUAUGGCUCUGGAGCUCUGUGUAAAACAAAUAUAACUAUUUGUAGGAAUGAGGAGCUGCUAUGUCAAGAACCAGAGGUUGCUAUCCUUUCCUGGAACACCUGCCCCAUCACUGGCUUGAGAGACUUUUUCAUGAAAUUCAAGAGGGACAUAACUCUAGAUCCUGAAACAGCCCAUCCUCAGCUCAUCUUGUCUGCAGAUUUGAAGACUGUCAAGUAUAUAAAUGCCCCCCAGGAUGUACCUGACAGUGAACACAGAUUUGACUCUAAUAUUACUGUACUGGGGGCCCAGACAUUCACCUCAGGCAAACACUAUUGGGAAGUUCAGAUAGAAGAUGAGACUGAAUGGACAGUUGGUAUCUGUGCAAAUUCAGGCAGCAGAAAUGGGAGACUCUCUUUUUUAUCUAGGGAUAUAAGGGCAUUAGUUAGCUUUAAAUAUGGAAAAGAGUUCAUUGUCUGGAGUUCACAUGAUGGCUUGUAUACAAGUUUGCCUAUCCACAAGGUGGGCAUUUUUCUUGAUUAUGAAAUGGGACAUGUAGCAUUUUAUGACGUCUUAGACAGCUCCCUCAUCUACAGUCCCCCAAACUCGGCCUUUGAAGGACCAAUUCGGCCUUACUUGUCUCCUUACUGUCAUAUUAAAAAUAUUGUCCUUAGUCGUUUUCUGUUUACUCCUGAAGCUUCUAUCGAUGCUUAUUGCUAUGGGGAACUCUCACUAUGUGAUUGA